GGGGGCAUAGCCAGGACGUGACACAUACAUUAUUUAGUUGAAAUGUAGUUUCCUUUAAACACAUGUUUCAUCCAACUGAUCGACACAUUUGUCUUUGCAUACACAGGCACUGUCGCACCUACCUUGAAGGGACACGGUUUCGGUUGACAUUUGCAUGGCUAGAUAAAAAAACGACUCUCUUUUCAGAUAUGGCUACCUCCCUGAAUGAGAGCCAGUUCCAGUGCUCUAUCUGUCUAGACCCAUUCACUGACCCAGUCUCAACUCCAUGUGGCCACAACUUCUGUAAGAAUUGUAUCGGGACCUACUGGGAUGGCUGCAAUCAGUUCCAGUGCCCGUUCUGUAAGGAGAUCUUUGACAGAAGGCCUGAGCUUCGAAUCAACACAACAUUCAGGGAGUUAGUUGAUCAUUUUAAGAAUAUUACAUUUCAUGAAGGUUGCAUAGCUGCUAGUGGAGAGGUGGUAUGUGACGUGUGCACUGGGCAGAAACUCAAGGCCCUGAAGUCCUGCCUGGUGUGUCUGACUUCUUACUGUGAGACUCACCUGGAGCCUCAUCAGAGAGUGGCGUCUCUUAAGAGACACAAGCUGAUCAAUCCUGUGGGGAACCUGGAGGACAGGAUGUGUAAGAAGCACGGGAGACUCCUGGAGCUGUUCUGUAGGAAUGACCAGACCUACGUGUGUCAGUUUUGUGCAGAGAUGGAACACAAUAAUCACCACACUGUGACAGUACAAACAGAAUCGCAAGAGAAAAUGAUUCAGAUUCAGAGUAACAAGAAAGAAGUGCAGAAAAUGAUCCAAAACCGACAGAAAAAGAUAGAUGAGAUCAAUGCUUCGAUGGAGUUAAGUAGGCACAACGCAGAAGCAGAAAUGGCAGACAGUCUGGAGGUCUUCACUGCGCUGAUACAAUCCAUUGAGUCAAGCCAGGCUGAACUCAUCAAGACGAUCGAGAAGAAGCAGAAAGCAGCAGAAAUGCAGGCAGAAGGGGUAAUUAACAAACUGUUGCAGGAAAUGACUGAGAUGCAGAACAAAAUGCAUGACCUGGAGCAGCUUUCAAACACUGAGGAUAACCUCCUAUUUCUACAGAGAUUCAGUCAAACCUCCAUCCUUCCAAAAAUGAAAGACUGGACUAACAUCCACGUUCCUCCAGUUGACUUCUUAGGGUGUGUUCGACAUGCAAUAUGUCAGGUGAAUGAGUCUGUUACAGAAGAACUAAGAAAGCUUUCAGCCACUGAACUGCAAAAGAUGCAGACUUACUCUGCGGACGUGAUCAUGGACCCAAACACUGCAGGCCCAUGGCUCAGUCUCUCAGAGGAUGGAAAACAAGUGAAGAAAUUAAAGAAGAGUCAAAAGGUGCCAGAUAAUCCUGAGAGAUUCACUGAGGAUGUCUGCGUCCUGGCAAAACAGGGGUAUAACUUUGGGAAACAUUAUUGGGAAGUUGGAUUGCAGGGGAAAUCAAACUGGGCGAUAGGAGUAGCUUGUGAGACAAUACCAAGGAAGGAAUUAAUUUAUCCUGAGCCUGAAACAGGGUUAUGGACCUUUUGUCAUAUGGACGGCAAAGAAUAUCUGGCAUUCACAAAAGUACCAAGCCAUGUCUUACUUUUGACCCGACCGGAGAAAGUUGGUGUCUUCCUGGAUUAUGAGGAAGGACAAGUGUCAUUCUAUGAUGUGAUAGAAAAGUCCCACAUCUUUACGUACACAGGGUGUGAAUUCAAAGGACACAUCUUCCCCAUAUUCGAUCCUUGCCUCAGUGCAGAAAGAGAUGAGGUCCUUCCUCUUACAAUUUCCGAGGUGCGCGGAAAUUUAAUUAAAAAACGCAAAUAUUUUGGGUCCUCUGUGUGUCAUUCAAACCGCAGAUCUACUUCGCACUAUUUGGGACUGUGGGCAUUUUGUGGGAGGCCGUCGAGAGAAAGAGAGUGCACCGGUUACUGGGCACUGUUGCCAUCUGAUUCUGGCGGCUGUAUGGGUUUGAGCUCCCCAGGCAAGGGGCACACCCUGUCCGAGGAUUCGUUCCUGUGCUCCAUUUGCCUAGAGGUGUUUGUGGAGCCAGUCUCCACCCCCUGCGGACACAGUUUCUGCAAGGCCUGCCUGCAGGGCUACUGGGACCACAGCAAGAAGUUUCUGUGCCCCAUGUGUAAGAAGAGCUUUAGCCGGAGGCCGGAGCUCAGCAUCAACCGGGUCCUCGCCGAGAUUUCAGCCCAGUUCCAAGAGCUUGAUGUCAGGGUGACUCCACCGAACACAAAGAGGGGUGCGGUCGGGACACUGUCCUCCAGUCCGGGGGUUCACCUCGAGCCACAGGCACAUCCGGCAGAGGGUGGGGAGUUUGCCCGGACGGGAGAGGUACCGUGCGAUGCAUGCAUCGGAAGGAAGAUGAGGGCGCUGAAGUCCUGUCUCUCCUGUCCCGGGUCGUUCUGUGAGGCCCAUCUUCGGCACCACCAGAAGGUGAAGUCGCUGAUGUCUCACCGCCUCAUUGAGCCAGUGCACCAGCUGGAAAACAAGAUCUGCAGAAAGCACGAGCGGCUGCUGGAGGUCUACUGCCGGAACGACCACGGCUGCAUCUGCAUCGCCUGCGCCGAGGGCUCACACAAAUCCCACGAAUUCGUCUCCAUCGACCGCGAGUGGAAGAAAAAGACUAAUUAUCUGGGCAAGAGGAAGUCGGAGCUGAGACAGCUGAUCAAGGAGCGAACUAAGAAGCUGGACGAUAUCAAACACUCCAUACGGGUCAUAAAAAGCAGCGCCCAGAAGGAGUUGGAGGAUAGCUGGCAGGUGUACGCCGAGCUGCAGCGUUUGGUGGAGCAGAGCCAGGCUGAGCUGGUGGAGCUCAUCUCUUCCAGGCAGCGUGAGGCCGAGAGGCAUGCCCUGGAGUUGGCCCGAGGUGUGGAGAACGAACUGAGUCAGCUCAGGAAGAGAAGUGCGGAGUUGGAAGCCCUGGCAAAGAUCCAGGACAAAGUCAGCUUCCUGCAGAGCUUGCCCUCAUUGGCAUCCCUCCCAGAGCCCAUUGAUUGGUCAGGAGUGAGUGUGAACACUGACCUGUACCUGGGUAGUAUCCAAUCCUCCGUCAGCACGCUCAACGACAAGUUCCAGGAAGAACUCAAGAGGCUGUGUGGAAAAGAGCUCAGGAAACUACAGAACUAUGCGAGUGAGGUGUUCCUAGACUCUGGGACGGCCCAGAAGAACCUCGUCCUGUCGGAAGACGGUCGCCAGGUGAUGUACGAAGAACGAAAGCAGAACCAGUCGGAUGGCCCUCAUCGCUUCAACCCUGCCCUGUUCGUGUUGGCCCGUGAGGGUCUCUCCUCGGGGCGCCAUUACUGGGAGGUCGAUGUGAGUCACAAGACCGCCUGGACUUUGGGCGUGGCACGGGCGUCGGCCCGCCGGAAGGGAGAGAUCAAUCUGAGCCCAGAUGGAGGGUUCUGGUGUCUGUGGCUGAAAAGUGGAGAGGUCAAAGCUUUGGAGUCCACUCGACUGCCCCUACACCUGACCUCUCUCCCCCAGAAGAUCGGGAUCUUCCUCGACCAUGAAGGUGGUCAGGUGUCGUUCUACGACGUCAAGGCGCGCACGCACCUCUUCACAUUUGCGGAUACCUUUGACGAGAGUCUGUACCCCAUCUUCAGCCCCUGUCUCAGUCAAGAGGGAAAGAAUGCUGCACCGCUCAUCAUCAGUGCUGUGAAGCAUAGGCAGGGGGGCGAGGGUAUAUUUUGGGGCCUGGAGGGUGGAGGCAGUGUUUGUGGGAGCGGUGUCGCGUGUCAGUGUUGUCCAGAGUGGUCACUGUGUACACGGGGGUUUCUACAACAGCUGCCUUCUGUAAUGGCUUACCUUGCAGGAAAUCAUGGAAAUCUGACGGAGGAGCAGGUCCACUGUUCCAUCUGUCUGGACGUGUUCACCAAUCCCGUCUCCAUACCCUGUGGACACAACUUCUGCCGCUGCUGCAUCCUAGACUACUGGAAGACCACAGACCUGUUCCAAUGCCCCAUGUGCAAGAAGACGUUCUUUAAGAAGCCAGAUAUUAGCAUCAACACCGUCUUGAGGGAGAUUGCUGAGCAAUUCAAGGGGAUCAGGGUAAGCAACGCGGAACACCUCCAACAGCAGGAUCUCAAAGAAGAACGGGAGUUGUGGGAAAAGAUGGAGGAGCAGAAAAAGAAAGAACAGGAGGGGAUGAUGACGGAGCAGGAGAUCAGGAAGAAAGAACAACAAGAGCUGGUUGAAAAGCAGCAGAAACUUCUCCAGGAGCUGAGGUUGAAGCAGGAGAUGAACAAGCUACAGCUACCACAGCUGCAACGAACAACCAGCCAGGAAACAGAGAAACCAAUGAAAGGGAAACAGGAAGAGACGCCUGAGGAAAAGCCGGAGGAACCCACGGCUUGUGCCCCGGCGCUGCCACGCCACAGCCUCUGGGAAGAAGUGUCUUGUGACGUCUGCAUCGGUGACAGGAUGACGGCCGUUAAGUCCUGCCUGGUGUGUCUGACCUCGUACUGCGAGGAACACAUAAAAAACCACAACACCAGGUUCACCAAGCACAAGCUAGUCGAACCGGUGGCCAACCUGGAAGAGAGGAUGUGCCCCAAGCACGAGAGGCUGUUGGAGCUGUUCUGUAAGAAGGAGCACGUCUGCGUCUGUGUGCUGUGCACCGAGACGGACCACAGGGCCCACUACACAGUCCCUGUAGAGAGGGAGUGGACUGAGAAGAAGGCUCAGUUGCGGAAGACCGAGAUAGACGUUCAGCAGAUGAUCCAGGAAAGACUGAAGAAAGUGGAAGAGAUCAAACAUUCAGUGGAACUAAAUAAAUCCGGUGCCCAGAGGGAGAUUGAGGACAGCAUGCAGGUGUUCCAGGAGCUGAUCCGGUCCAUCCAGAGGACGCAGGCUCAGCUUGUGCUGGCCAUCGAGGAGAAGCAGAGAUCGACAGAGAGGUGGUCCGACGGUCUCAUAGCGGAGCUGGAGCAGGAGAUCACAGAACUACAGAGGAGGAACACAGACCUGGGAUACCUCUCACGCACAGAGGACCACAUUCACUUCCUACAGAGUUUCCCGGCCCUGAGCACCCCUCCAACCACUAGGGAUUGGACUGAGAUCCACGUUGAAUCUGACGUAUGUGUUGGGAUUUUACGGAGGGCCGUAUCCAAACUGGAAGAGGCGAUUAGCACAGAAAUUGACAAACUUGUGGACACUGAGCUCAAGAGGAUUCUCAAAUACUCAGUCGACGUGACCCUUGACCCAGACACCGCCAACCCAUGGCUCCAGCUUUCGGAGGAUUGCCGUCAGGUGAGGCAUCUGGGAGCGUGGCAGGACCUCCCGGACGUCCCGGAGCGUUUCGACACGGUGGUCAUCGUCCUGGGCCGCGAGGGCUUUGUCACAGGUCGCCACUAUUGGGAGGUCCAGGUGGGGGACAAGGAUGAUUGGUACCUGGGCGUGGCCAAGGAAAAGGUCAACAGGAAGGGCCGUAUUGCUGUCAGUGCCUCCCAAGGCUACUGGGCGCUGGCCAUGAAGAAAGGUCAGGAGUAUAGGGUCUCCACGACCCCACCGUUGACUCUGACCCUUGACCCCAGGCCCAAAAGGGUCGGGGUAUACGUGGACUACGAGGAGGGGCAGGUGUCGUUUUAUGACGUGAAGGAGAAGAAUCACAUUUACACGUUCAAGGAGGACAAGUUCAAGGACAAGUUGUUUCCCUUCUUUUAUCUGUACUGUAGUGACAAACAGUCAGACACCAUGCUGAUAUGUCCUGUCACUGAGACAAUCAAGCAAUGCUGAGAAAGACAACAACUCUCAUUGAUGGCAACUCUAAAAGACUACAACCCCCAUGGAGAGUAUAUAGCAUGUAUAUAGAAAGAUCUAGUGAAAAUUUACUUUUGAGUGGUUCCAUUUUGAGUUGCCCUUUGGGCGGUAACCAAUAGUUAGAAGUGUAAAGGACUGUGAUAUUUCAAAAUGUAAGAUGUCCUUGUGUGUGUGUGUGUCUGAGGGCGGCGGCUCCUUCUGUAGCUGUGCCUUUAACUGAGAAGACAGUACUGACUUGCACUUUAGCUUUGCAUGCCUAGUAAGCAUUCAGCAUACUCUGUGAUGUAUACUGUCAAAACAUUUAUAUCGAAUUUUAACAACAGAUGUACGUUUUCUUAGCGCCCUUU